AUGACCACAGUUCCGGUCCCAGUUGUGCGCAAGCGACUCGACCAGGUCACCUCGCGCAGGGACCUCCGAUACGCAAAGCGCAUUGUUAUCAAAGCAGGGACCUCCACCAUUGUCUCGGAGAGUGGCUUCCCCAGCGUGCGCCGCAUUGCGAAUAUUGCGGAGGAAAUUUUUUCCCUUUGCAGUGAAGGCAAGGAGGUGGUGUUUGUCUCCAGCGGUGCCUGUGGCAUGGGGCGAAAUGUGCUGCGCCGCCAGGAUGUGAUGGUCUGCUCCGCCUUCGAACGCCUGCACCGCACCUGCCGGCCGAUUUCUUCGAUUGGCAACAACACCUUUGCGGCGGCGGGGCAGGCGAAUCUGAUGAACCUGUACCAGACCGUCUUUCAGCAGCUUGACAUCACCCUGGCGGAGCUCUUGCUAACGCACCACGAUUUUCUUUCGGACGAUCGCAGGGAAAAUCUGCACGAUGCCCUGGAGAACCUCCUCAGUCUGGGAUUUGUGCCGGUUGUCAACGAAAAUGACACAGUCACCGCCAACCGCAAUAACACUUUAAACGACCCGUUUACGGACAACGACGGUCUCUCUUCUCUGGUGGCGCAAACCAUUAACGCUGAUCUGCUGAUUAUUCUAACAGACGUGGAUGGUAUCUACGACAUUCCCCCAAGCGAUCCAAACGCCAGACUCAUCAGAACAUUUUCCCCAGAUAGUUCGGUUGUUUUUGGUGCCAAAAGUCCUACGGGGCGUGGCGGGAUGAACGCCAAAAUUGAGGCCGCGAGAUCGGCAGUGCGUGGUGGCGUCCCGGCUGUGUGCAUCUGCUCUGGCCGUCGCAUGGGUACCAUUGGGGAGUUGCUGCAGGGGAAACAGGAUGUUGGAACAAUUUUUGUGCGGGAUCCCACCGGGCUGCUUGCGUCGGAGGCAGCCAUGGCCAACGAGCGUGAGGCAAUGGCAGAAACUGCCAGGAGGGCGCGUGAGGGGUCGCGGCAGCUUAACAGGUUAAGCUACCAGGAGCGGAAAAAGGUGUUGCUGGCGGUUGCCAGUGCACUAGACACUAACCGUGACAUAAUACUAGCCGCAAACGCCCUUGAUAUGCGUGUGGCGGGCGAACACAACUUCGCCACUCCGCUGAUGAAGCGGCUGGAACUGACUCAUGCCAAAAUCGACACUUUGGUGACCGGCAUAACAUCGAUUGCGGAGGCUAAGGAUCCUCUUGGUUGUGUGCUUAGUGCCCGCCUGCUGGAUGAUAACCUUGUGCUCUGCAAGGAAACGGCGUCUAUUGGGGUCCUGCUUGUCAUCUUUGAGUCUCGACCGGAUAGCAUGCCGCAGAUUGCAGCACUGGCGCUGUCUUCUGGCAAUGGGUUGCUUCUGAAGGGCGGAAGCGAGGCUGAGCAUUCGAACAGGGCGCUGCACUCUCUGAUUGUGGGGGCGGUGGCGGAGGCUUCGGGGGGCAAAGUCGCGCCUGGCGUGAUUGGCCUUGUCAAGAGCCGCGCAGACGUCUACGAGCUACUAAAAAUGGACGAAUUCAUUGACCUUGUGAUUCCGCGUGGCUCAAAUCAGAUGGUGCGGAACAUUCAACGCUCAACAAACAUUCCGGUGUUGGGGCACGCAGAUGGCAUCUGCCACGUGUACGUCCGUGCCGACGCCGACAUGGAGAUGGCGGAAAAAGUUAUCAUUGAUGCAAAGUUGAACUAUCCAGCCGCCUGCAACGCGGCAGAGACGUUGCUCAUUGAUCGGAUACUUGUGGAUAAUGGCAGCGCCAGGGCUCUUGUAGAUAAGAUGAAGGCGGCUGGAAUCAAGAUAUUCGGCGGCCCAAAGGCGAUUGCAGCUUCCCUGGCGCGUGCUGGCGCGGCGUCAAUGCACACCGAAUACGGCGACGAACGCAUGACAGUGGAGGUUGUAGAGGACCUGGACGCCGCUAUCAACCACAUCAAUACCUACGGUUCCCACCACACGGAGAGUAUUCUUACCUCCAAUGGUGACGUUGCCAGCGAGUUUGUAAGACGCGUGGACUCUGCCUGUGUCUUUCACAACUGCUCAACCCGCUUCGCUGACGGCUAUCGUUUUGGGCUUGGCGCCGAAGUGGGCAUCAGCACAAGCCGAAUUCAUGCGCGUGGUCCUGUGGGAGUGGAGGGGCUGCUGAUGCAAAAAUGGGUGCUGCGACCGGUCCAACCUGAACUAUACGCGACCGUUUCCCAAUUUCAAAGCGGUGAGCGCACCUUCACACACGAAGACAUUACAAACGCCAUGGUGUUGCAGGAGGAGAGCUGA